AUGAUUAACUUACCGGAUGUUCAAUCAACAGCAUCUAAUUCAUUAUCCGAUUGUCAAGCGGCGGCUUCAUCAUUUCUAACAACAAUUAAUUAUACAGCCAGCAAUAUUACAGGAACUACUGGAAUUAAUACUACCUGUUUAGCCAGCGGUAUUGUAUGUCCUGGUCAAACUAUUAAUGGUGUUUGUGUGUGGCAACGGAAAUUAAGUGCUGUUUGUCGAAAUGCCAGUGGUGUUAUUAAAAUUCGUAUUCAAACAAAUGGUUUACCUCCACGUUGUGCUAAUGUACCUUCGGGCAGUUUUGUCGAAUUAAAUGUUGAUUUUGAAGUAAAUUUUAAUCCUGAUGUCAGCAUUAAUUCGUUAAAUUCAAAUUUGAGCACUGUGGCUUUACUUUCACAAACACUCUGUACACUGACUAGUGCAGCAACAGUUCCAUCGGCUUCCGGCUUUGUUAAUUAUGGGAAAACACCUCUAGACACUGCAACAGGAGUAUCAGUAGACGGUGUUAUGAUUUUUACUCCUGAUUCAGCGAAUAAUAUCGAUCCAUUUUUUCCACCAGGAGGUGGUCAAACCUCUGAAUCAGUAGAUACCUGUCUUGCUCAUUGUCAAAUAACCGGUAUAUAUCAUUAUCAUAUUGCAAGCGGUUGUCAAGUUAAUCCUCCAACAGGAAAUAUUUCAUCAUGUGCUGGUACUAGUUCUUGUAUUUCAAAUGUUGCUACCUAUUCUAUAUCGUCAUUUUCAAAUUAUCAAACAAAAACAGUACUUGGUGUUGCCAAGGAUGGACAUGUUAUUUAUGGUCCUUAUUUAUCUUCAGGUACUCGAGUAAUAACAGGUUUUGAUGUUUGUAAUGGAAUGUUUUAUGAUUCUAUUGGUAAUUAUGCUUAUUUUGCAACAUCAACAUAUCCAUAUCUUGUUGGAUGUUUUGGACCAGGAAAUUAUCCAUCAUUCGCACCCAAUUGUACUACUAAUGGAGUAUCAUCCUAUAAUAUGUCAUCUUAUGCGAUCUCAUUCUUGAGCAAUUCGGCUACAACUUCAACAAACACAACAACAACAACAACAACAACUACUACUACUACUACAACAUCAAUAACAACUACUACAACAUCAUCAACAACAACUACUACUACUACAACAAAGACUACUACUACUACAACAACUACAACAACAACUACUACUACUACUACUUCAACAAAAACUACAACAACUACUACUACAACAUCAACAACAACAACAACCACCACAACAACCACCACAACAACAACCACCACAACAAAGACUACUACAACAACAACAACAACAACAACAACAACAGUGUCUUCAUCGAGUUCAUCAUUUGUGACAACCUAUAGUACGGUUUCAACAGGUGUUCGAAUGAGUCUUGAUACUGGUCUUAUUCUUUUAUUUAUUAGCGCCUUUAUAUUCUUAUACUGA